CCAGACUGACGCUGUGGACACAGUUGCAUUUUGACAAAGGAACGCACAAGACUUGGAUGCAAUAUCGGUAUUAUUUUGUUCUCUCUGAAGACUAUUUACUUUUCUGAUGUGUAUUUUAUUUUUGACGUUCUCGAUCAUCGGGUAAUCAAGAAGAUAUUCCGCAUUUAAAACAUCAUAAAGAAGGACAAUUACCGGUCUUCUAUUUUUAUAAUAUCACUGUUUCUAAGUCUUUUAACACUUACGUUUGUGGUCUAAGGCAUUCGGACCACAACCUCCAAGCAGCAAUGCCCGAGACGGCGCAAGAGACGUGCACUCCGGUGAAAGACUCUCCCUUCUUCAUUAAGAACUUGCUGAACUGUGAUAGUAAACCAUCCAAACCCAAGCCCAUCUUCGCCUCGGCAAAGGUAGCUUUAGAAGGGGGCUUUUCUCUAUCCCAGGUCGGGGACUUCAACUUUCCUCGCUUUGAGUUACCCACACAGAGGUUUGCCUUACCCGCGCACUAUCUGGAGCGAGCCUCAGCAUGGUGGUAUCCCUACACACUCAGCGCAGCCAGUCAUCUACACAGAACCGAAGGUAAGUCCAUGCACAUCUGAUUGUCUUCUUUACCUUUUACACUACCAGAAAACGUAUAAUGUGCGUAAUUUGUAUAGUGGAAAUUGCUAUGAAUGCUAUGGGUUGAGCUUUCAUCUGUCAAAGGACAUUCAAACAAGGAUAAUCAUUCUUGAACUAAAUCCAUAUACUCAGCAAGUAUUUUGUCACUUAUGAUAAGUAUUUCAUUCAAAGUAAAGCCAUUGUCAGCAUUGUAUGUUUCUAUUUGUCUUUUGCGCGUUCAAGUGAAUGGUAUAGCCAACUGUUAUUUUAUAUAUUUGCUAAAGCAUAUCCAGUGUCAACGAAGUAUUGAACAUGCAGCCAUGUUUAUAACCCAUAUUUCCUGUCGUCAUUUUAGUUGCCGAGAAGGCACGAGCAAGAGACUCCUCUCCCACCUCUGGCACCGAUCGCGACUCGCCAGACCUGGUGCUCAAAUCUGACCCAGACGGCAAAGAAGACGAGGACAACAAAAGUGGUGAUGAAAUAGUUCUUGAAGAGAGUGAUCCCGAGGACACAAAGAAACACAGUGGGGUAGACGACUGGAAGAAACACGAGGACGGUGGGGACAAGAAAGCAUGUCGAAAAAAGAAAACACGCACGGUGUUCUCCCGGAGUCAGGUGUUUCAGCUCGAGUCCACCUUUGACAUGAAACGCUACUUGAGCAGUUCGGAGAGGGCCGGAUUGGCUGCGUCUUUGCACCUGACAGAGACCCAGGUAAAGAUUUGGUUCCAGAACAGAAGAAAUAAAUGGAAGAGGCAGCUUGCCGCUGAACUAGAAGCUGCAAAUCUGAGCCACGCCACUGCACAGAGGAUAGUGCGAGUGCCCAUCCUCUACCACGAAAACUCUGCCUCAGAAACUGUCAGUGCGACCGGGAACGUGCCUGUGAGCCAGCCGCUCCUCACCUUCCCUCACCACCUCUAUUACUCUCACCCAAUCGUCACCUCUGUGCCGCUACUCAGACCGGUCUGA